AUGCCUUCUGUGGCGUCUCCUCUGUUGCCCCUUCGACCUCCACUAGUGCAAGUGCUGCUGCUGCUUGUGGUGGCAGAGGGGUGUGCCUUCCAGGCCGGGCCGGAUCAGCCCCAAGCUGUUUGUGCAGUGCAGAAUUCGUCAACCAAAGGUGCAAGCGGUGCAAUUGUUUCGCCAGCAACUGUGCUCACCAAGGGGACAAAGGCGGAGACAAAGGGGGUCUUCACCGCAGAUCCGGUGACUCUGUUUGUGUACGAGCCAGGGCAGGCGGUGUCGGGAUGUGGGGUGCAGCUGGCCUUCCAUGUCACCUUCACCUUUGUUCUUUCAGCUCAAACAACCUUUUACCUGGGCCACAACGGCUUUGCCUUUGUCUUCUCGGCAACAAACUGGGUGGGGAGCGGCUCUGGUGUGGGGUAUGGUGGAAUGGACAGCCGGAGCAUGGCGAUUGAGUUUGACACUCUGACGAACAAGGAGCAUGGUGACAUACCCGGCCAGCAUGUGGGGCUGAAUAUACGAGGCCAGGACAGAUCGUUAGCCGCUGUAAAUCCGCCAUUCAGAAUGAAAAACAAGAAGGCAUACACAGCGUGGGUGGACUAUGAGCCUGGGGAGCCCGGCACCAUCCAGGUGUUCUUGGCUGCUUCUGAAGUGAAGCCAGCGCAGCCGCUGCUGGAGAGGAGGCUGGCGCUGUGUGAGGUGCUGCAGGCUGGAGCAGAGCAGCCGGCGUUCUUCUUUGGCUUUGUCGCGCCCACCACUGUGAAGGCCUACCAGAUGCAAGUCAUCUUAAAAUCGGCUGUGCACAUCAGUAAGGACAGCCCCAUUCCUUGCUCCUACAACCCUCAGCCUGUUGUCAUAGUCUUAGGCAUAGCACAAGCACAGCUGUGCCUACAGCAGGUGUGUGAGCGAUGGAUUUGGCAUCGUGUCUCGAUCUGUCGAAUGGUUCACGGCACAUACCAACACCACAUGCCCACUAUGGCCUCCUUCUGCCUCUCGUUUCUGCCCCUUUCUGCAGGCCUUCUUGCUCAACCAGAUCCCAUAAGCAUCACUCCAGAUGCAAGCUGGGCGUAUGCGGUGGUGGCAAGUGUGGAAGCAGCGUACGGCAUUGCACUGAAUCAGCAGGCUCCACGGCUGUCAGUGGAGUCACUCUUUGCAGCCAUGGGGCUCACCCCAGCAGCCAAGUGCAGGGCAGGCGGCUCUCCUGCCGCGGCCUUUAAAAAGCUUCUCACCCUGUCCAAUGGUGGCCUCACAACGGAUAGCAAGCGGCCAAAAAAGUUCCCUAUUCAGGGUUUUGAGCGCACGCGGUUCAAGGGGUAUGUGGGGCUCAUGCUGGCAGUGCAGCGGCAGCCAGUGGUGGUUCACAUCGAGGCAUCUGCUGCCUCGUUCAUCGAAUAUGACAGGGUGGGUACUGAUCGUGUGAAAUCAUCCUGA